CUACUGCCAUCACCCGAGUAUAAUAGAUAUACCUACUACAGCAGGUAGUCAACUGGUCCCUAAAAAGGCAUUGCUGCUUGGCUGCGAGGCAGGCCGAUAGGAGCAUGACGACGACGACGACGAAGCAUGCUUAUACAAGUACACACUUCUGCUUUGGUUGGGCUCUCGGGUUGCCGUGUCGCUUUGUUUGCGUACAGCAUGAUUUGCUUCCUCGGCUGCCCGUCCUCUGGAUUCCUUCGUAUCAGUGCAGGGCAGCGACAACCGCGCAGGCUAUGAGUUCCAGACCAAUGAGUGCAAUGGCGUGGCGUGCCGAAUGCAAUCCCGGUAAUGCAAAUCGUGCAUGCGGCAAUUUCGCACAAAGCCUGCUAGUGAAUCAGGCCUCGGGAGACCAGCACCGUCAUGCCGUGUCUGUUGCAAGACUAAGCAUGGUCCAGACAAGUAAAGAUAGAGAGGGCAAAAAUGUGAGAGGUGAGCGAUGCUGGUCGUUGGGGCUUUGGCCAAACAGCCCGCAGCGGAGAAAUUGGGGGACCUUUUUUUUUUCCCCUGCUUGUCCAUACAGCAGCCGGCUCGGAAUUGAUGUGUAUCUUGUUCGUUUUGGGGGCCAAGAGCGCUAUCUGUCCAGCAGACACCACGCCGUGCUGUCCACUGCGUAUAGCGGCAUUAUCCAAGCGGCACCGAUCAUCUGCGCCGCCAGCGCCAGCACUCGCAAGCAGGCCAGUAGACCAGCAGGUGCUGUAACAAGCCGUACAUGUACUCCCACACUUCGGGCACUCCUCGCACCUAUUGCCCCGAGCGUCCAGGACGGCUUCAGCGAUAUCCGGGCAGACGCCACCAACAUCAUCCCUCCCCAGAGCUUUUCGCGACCAUCGCCCCAUCGCGUCGAUGCGAUGCUGACUCCUGGCUGGUGUUGGUACAGGCACAAGCACAAGCACAAGCACAAGCACGAGCACGAGCACGAGCACGAGCACGGUGCCACUCGCCCGCUGGCCAAUGCCGUGCACGCGUUCAUUGAGCGCCUACUGUUGUGCAACACUCCAAUAGCCCGACCUGUAUGCGUCGGGCUUUGCACGUGCAAGUACACUGAAGUUGAAAGGCUCGGUGAGAUUGGCUGGUAGAUACCGUGCUAAUAACUGAACCCAGAGUUGCACAGAACACCCAAAGGCAGACAGCACUGCGCUGCAAGGCGCUGGAUUGCAUUGCUACCCCGGUCAGCCCAUUCCAAGUACAGUCUACAGAGCACAGGCUUGAGCUUCCUUGGCCUCUGCCCCCCCCUUGCCAGCCUCUUUUGCAGGGAUCGAUCCAGUUCACACAGC